CUUCAAGUGUCAAUUAUGAUCUAUAGUGUAAGCGCAAUUCAAACUCAGGCCACUCCCUCCCUGAUGAUAGCAUGGAGAAUUAAUUUGGCACACAAAUUGCCCACUUAUGACCCCUCUAAUCUGGUUGGUAUGUCUCUUGAUUGUAAACACCUUUCCGCAAUCUUGUUUAUGAAUCAUGAAGAGGUGGAAUAAUUCGCUAAAAGAAACACGAAGCUUGAGGGGGGGGAAUGCUGUAGUAGAAUUGUUUUUGUCCUGUUAACCAUCUUGCAACUACUCGGUUUUAUGUGACCAGAGGCCUCUUUUUGGGGGCCGAACCAGAUGUUGUUACCCACUGACUUAAAUUAAACUGCAUGGAUGAGUGAUGGCAGAGGUAACACUUCUGGUGGCUGGCGUAGGCCGUGUGUUUUAGGGGGGAAAGACAAUGGAGGCAGAUGAUGGGAGGGCCGAGGGCUAACCCGAGGGGUGGGGCAGUUCUCAGAGCCCGACAGCAGGCGCCGCUGCUCCAGCUGCUGAGGAGGGAAAUCCUGUUGCGUGCAACAGCGCAGGGAGACAGAGGCGCGGACGUGGAAGAGCAGAAUGGCAGCUGUUAAUGAAACACAGCGACACCGUGAGAACAAGACGCUGAGCUUUCACUAACACCGAACUCUAAAAUCUAGCACAAGCUACUGGCAACUCGACUCACUUCACCGCGUGUGUCAGACAAAGUCGUCAUGGACGGGGGCCUGGCUGUUACUUUAUUAUCGGUUGCGAUGUUUGUCGGUUGUUUUUUACUUGGAUUCAUUCCACUGUUGUUCACACUUUCUGAGCGAAGCCUUCGCUUCGUCUCCAUCCUGGGGGCAGGACUCCUGUGCGGGACAGCACUGGCCAUCACCAUCCCAGAGGGAGUGGGCUUACUGGAAGAGUCAUGGAGAGUGUCCUCCUGCUCCUCUGAUGCACCAUCUGGUCUGAAUGCCAGCGAGACAAAUACGUUGACAGAGAGAGGUCCUUCACCACCUCGCUUUUUCAUCGGGGUGGCUUUAACUCUUGGGUUCAUCUUCAUGUUUGUAGUGGAUCAGAUCGGAAGCUACCUUUCCAUGCGGGAUCAAGCAACUUGUUUGUCUAAUAGAGUCGGCAUCACAGCAACUCUGGGGCUGGUUAUUCACGCUGCAGCUGAUGGAUUUGCUCUGGGUGCCGCUGUGGCCUCGGGUCAAGUGACAGUGCAAGUCAUAGUCUUUUUAGCAGUUAUUCUACACAAGGCACCUGCUGCUUUUGGCUUGGUCUCCUUUCUGAUGCACGCAGGCCUUGAAAAGAAGAACAUUCAGGAACAUUUACUGGCUUUUUCAGCUGCAUCACCUAUAGUAGCUAUCGCCUCUUACUUCAUCAUCCAUUCAUCUGGCAGUUCAUCUCACAAUCAGCUUAGUGCAACAGGUGUGGGGAUGCUCCUCUCAGCCGGGACUUUCCUCUAUGUAGCCACAGUGCAUGUUCUUCCAGAGAUCAGCAGCAGCAGGACAGGCCAACCCUCCUCAGACCUCCAGCAGCACACUGGAGCAGAGACCCACCAGCUACACUACCUGGGGUUUCUGGAGAGCGCCACUCUCAUCCUGGGGGUCGGGCUCCCAAUGGUGCUGGCUCUUUGGCUCAGUGACGACUGAGGAAGGAAUGUCAGGGGUUUUAAGUUAAUUGCAAAGCACAGUGCUCUGCUGCCACACCUGAAAAGAAAGCUGAGCACCUGUCUAAAGUACUGAACAGUGUAACGUCAAUGAUGGGGCAGAUAAAAUGUGCCUUGCUGUGUUUUGAUAUCGGUGAAAAGUUCCUUUGAGCUAUUGUUUAUGUAUCAAGAACUUUCCAGUGGGUAUAAAAAAUUUGAUAACUAAUAUGUUGCCCCUUAGGAGACUGAGUUUCAUUCCAAGAAAGCAAAAAGGACACAGUUUGUUGCCAAGGCUCUCUGAGGGGACAAGCCAAGUUCAGUGGUGAAAUCCCAGUAACUUGAUACAGAUUUAUAGGAACAAACAAAUCAUUUCAUGCUGUCUACUACCCAGACAAUUAGAGAUCUAGGUUGUGAAUUUUUGUCAUGUCAUUAAACACAGAAUAGUACAAUU